GGGAGGAGGAGGAGAAGAGGGAACAGGCGGCCGGGCUGGGGGGCCCAGCGAAGAAGGGGGCCGGGGGGUCAGGGAGGGAGCUGGGGGGGAGCGAGGGAAGGAGACAGGCACUGGCCCAGUGGGGUGUCGCUAAGAUCUCCCCCGAGCGGCCCGGACCCCAGCGUGCCCCAUUGGGAGCCAGGCGCGGGCUGGGCCGGCCGGGAGCCAUGGCCGACGGGGAACGUCCCAGGAGCAGCUUGAGCCAGGCCAGCAGCGUCCUCACCAUCUCGUCCGUCAGCCUGGGGGCCGCCAAGCCGUCGCGCUCCCUGCGGAGGGUUCACACCUUCGGGAAAAGGGAAAAUUCCAUCAAGCGGGACCCCAACGCCCCCGUCGUCAUUCGGGGCUGGCUCUGCAAACAGGACAGCUCCGGCCUGAAGCUGUGGAAGCGACGCUGGUUUGUGCUGGCUGAUUACUGCCUCUUCUACUACCGAGACAGCAGGGAGGAGGCGGUUUUGGGGAGCAUCCCGCUCCCCAGCUACGAGAUCCGGCCGCUGCCCGGGGAGGGGAAGAGCCGAAGAUUCACAUUCAAGGCCGAGCACCGGGGGAUGCGGACGUACCACUUCAGCGCGGACACCCAGGAGGACAUGAAUGGCUGGAUCCGAGCCAUGAGCCAGUCUGCUGCGGCCGAGAGUGACCCCAGCACCAUCAGGAGCCGGCACCCCCAGCUGCUCAGCCGGCUGGUGCCCCCCCCAGCCCGUCUCCUCGAGGAGAUCUGGCCGCUCACGCCCGACCUGGGCCCCGCCAAGAGCGUCGAGUCCUUGGAAAUCGCUCGGCUCUCGGGGCCCCACUCGUCUGCGGAGAGUCUGUCUGUUCUGGGCCGGGGGGCGCAGGGCGAGGGGGGGACCCUGCCCAGCGGCCCUGCCCCGCCCCCCAGCCCGGUCAAUGGGGAAGGGCUCGGGGGGGAGCUCCAGGGCCUAAGCUCUCUCUCCUCCCGCAUCCUGCGGGGCCAGGAGCCCUCGGCGGCCGCACGCCCCCAUCCCGGCCCCCCCAGGCCCUCCCCACCCCCCUGCCCCCCUGAGGCUGAACAGCCCCCCCUGGAGCCCCCUUGGGAGCCCUCCGCAGACGCCCCGUCCCACGUCCGCUCCUCCCGUUCCUACUCCCUUCCCCCCACCCCCGCCGAGCUCCGGGGGGCGCGGGGGGCCCAGGGGGGCGCAGGUGGGGUGGGGGUCCGAGCCCCUGAGCUGGCUGCGUCCUGCGAAGAGCUCCCCCUGCUGGUCCAGGCAGGGUCCGGCCUGGCCCGGCCCCACACCCCCGUGGGGCGGGUGGAUAUCGCCCCCGGGGGGGCCGCGCGGGGCAGCAGGACCCUCCCUGGGCGCCCCCAGACCCCCGCCGACCGCUACGACGUGCGGCCCUGCGAGGAGCCCUGUGCCCGGCCCCCUGGGCGUUACCCCCACAGCCCCCACCCCAGCCACUGCCUGGCGCGGCCCGGGACCCCGGCGGAGGAGAGCCCCCCGCAGACGGCCACGCUGGGACCUGCCCUGGGGAGACAGCCCCGGAGCCGGUUCACAGACCGGGUUCACCCCACCCUGGGGGCUGCCCCACCCCGCGCCCGUCUCCACGGCCGAUUGAUCUCCCCACAUUCGGCCUCCUCCGGCUACCUCCACCUGCCCCCGCUGCCCCCGCUCGCCAGCCGCCCCCCAGGGAAGAGGACCUCACUGGGAGCUCUGUCCCGGACCGUGGCCCCUCUGUCCCGGGACAGAACCCUGCUGGCGCUGCCCAGGGCUGAAAGUGACACCGAUAUUCUCCUGACUAAACUCUGCGGCCAGGACAAGCUGCUUCGGGGGCUGGAGGAGGAGACGGGGCAGCUGCGGGCUGAGAAGGAGAGGCUGGAGAAGGCCCUGGAGCUGCUCCGGCACCAGCUGGACGAAUGCCGAGUCCAGGAGCUGGCGGAGGAGAAAAUCUGGUACCAGCAGAGGCGGCUGCAGGACGAGCUGGUGCAAGUGAGAGCCCGGCUCUGCGACCUGGCGCUGGACAGCGACCGGGCUUGGGGAGAUUUCGCCGCCCUAGAAAACGAGCUACUGACGCUGCGGGAAACCCUGGCUCAGAUCCGGCUGCUCGGGCACCCCCAGGAGCAGGGGGCCGCCCAGCAGGAGCUGUGGAUGAUCGAUGACGUCAUUGCGGGGUUGGGCGCCAGCCCUGCCCCCUACCCCGCCCCGGACCCCAGGACAAGCCCAGGCUUCUCUCUGGCUGCCUCCCCCAUUCUGGAGCAUGGGGGGGCCUCAGCCCGGAGCCACCUGCCCCUCCCGGGGCCGGACGGGGGAAGCCAGGACCACGAGCCGCCACUCAGGGCUGUGCCAGCUGGCGGCCGGGAAGAGGACCGAGCAACGAGGGGAGACGCCUGGGGCUCCCGGCCCCCCCAGAGCCCCUCUAGAAAGGGGGCCGGGUCCCCCGAGCUGGACGGAGGGCGCCCCCUGCAGGAGAUGGAUGUUGCAGCACCAGGUCUCAGCUCGCCUCCGGCCGCCCCCCACCGGCCCCAGAGCCCCAGCCCAGGCCCCCACGAGCCCCGAGAGCAGAGAACCGAGGAGCUGCCAGCCAAGGCGAUCACCAUGGACCCCCCUGGUCCCCACCGGGCCCGGAUGAGCGUCCAGGAGCAGCUGGAGCGGAUGCGCCGGCACCAGGAAGGCCAGAGGCAGCAGGAGGGGGGCAGGCCGAACCCCUGGGGCUCCCGGCAGGGCUCGCUCCGGGCCAGCGCCAGCCGGCUCCCGCUUCCGACUCACCCCCCCGACCUCGGGCCAGAGCCGACCCAGACCCACAUGGAGCCACCACUGAAGGGAGGCCAGACCGGGGGGCCCUGGGGCCGGUCUCCCCCACCCCUCGAGAGAGACCGUCACCGGGUCAUCACCCUGGCGUACACACUAGCCACCGAGGCCUCCGAACGCAGCAAACUCAUCACAGGGAAGAACCCGCCUGAACCCCAGUUGAGGGCCAAUCCGGACCCGCCCCCAGAGCCACUGGAUGCAGUGACCAAUCAGCACAUGCUGUUUACUCCCACACUCCCCUGGGGGCACCCAGAGGCCAAUCACAUCGAGGCGGAACCGUGUGGCCCAGCCAAUCGGAACACAGCAUUUAGCAGCAAUUCAGUGCAGUGGGCGGGAGCAGCCAAUCAGGCGUCGUCUGUUGCCGAGCUUUCCAAUUGGUUCUCACCCUUGCCUGAAGCAGCCAAUCAGGCAGCACGGCUGUCAGAAGCAGCCAAUCCAGCAUCGCCCCUGUCUGAGGGGUCUCAUUGGGCACCCCCUUUGCCCACAUUGGCCAAUCAGACAUCAACCGCACACAAGGCGUCCAAUCGGGCGUCGCCUCUGCUCUGGGCCGCCCAAAAGGAACGUGGGGAUUGGGCGGCGGAGCAAAAGAUUGUGGGUAACAAGGGCGUGGCCAAUGGCGGGUGUCGGGGGCGGGGCGGGCGUGCCGUGCCCAGGCAGGUGGUGGCAUACCUGGGCGAGGGGAGCCAGCCAAUCAGGAUCACCCUACUGCAGUCCAGCUUCUAGCCCAUUGGCUGAGAGGCAGGGUCAAGUCCCACCCCCUCCACCACGCCCCCUGGGGGGACUUUGGGGGGGUUCAGAGGUUUGGGGUCCCUGCCCCCCCCAGCCCUGCCGGUGCCCCUCACUCCCAACCCGCAGCCCCUGCUUGCCCGGCCCUGGGCUCCCCCCCAACACCCACCCUGCUGAAGCUGACAGUGAGGGUGGGGUCUCAUGAGCACCCAGAGGGGGGAUUUAUGGGGACACCUGAUCCUCCCCCACCCUCGUGGGACUCUGUGUGGGGGCAUCGGGGGGAGGGAGAGCCCUUCAAAUGGCCCCAUCCCCGCAGGCAGCUCCCAGCCUGGCCCCCUCCCCUGUUACCCCCUUUUCCUGCCUGCUGGUGUCUCCGGGGCUCCCCUGGGGAGGGGUCCGGGAGUUGGGGAGAGCUCGCCAGGGCCUGGCCGGGGGUUUGUACCGGGCACUGGCGGCAGGAGACGCUGCAGGCUGUACGGGGAAGUGGUCACUAAGGGGGGGCUGUGGAAUUAGUCCCCUGCUUUAGAAAGGUGGUGAUGGGGGGGGGGGGAACGGCCCGGGUUAGAGUUCGGUUCUGCCCCAAGGGAGGCAGCUGCAGGAAGCCGGACGGCAGAGGCGGGGCCAGGGGGGCUUGUUAAGUGGGGGCUGCUGGAAGAGGGGGAGACUCUUGAACUGGGGGAAAAGAGGUGGUGGGGGGCACCGGGCGUAGGCUGGGCCCUGGGGUAACGUUGGGUUCUCUGAGCUAACCGGACGGUUCUUACCCCCCCACCCGGUGUGCAUGUCCCUGGGUGGGGCACGGCUCCCGUUGGGGGACACGGCUCUCUGAGGUGCCCAGCGCAGGUGGAUUGGCAUGAAGCCGGGGGGCUGAAGGCUCCGAGGUUCGGUCCCAGGAGGCGGGGGGCAGGGCUGGGCUAGCAGGGGCUGCGGGUCGGGAGUGAGGGGCGCUGGCAGAGCUGGUGGGGGGGAGGGCUGGGGUAGCAGCGUAACAGGAGGGUUAUUGAGCAUCUGAACAGGACUUUGGACCCAGAGAUUUAACAAACUGUCCCAACGCAUCUGGAGACAGAGACCCGGAGACGUGAUAAAACGCGGCAGCCCCCGCGCCCCACCCCAGAGGGGCCGCGUCCUGGCGAGGGGUCCCGGGAUACCCAGCCCCCACCCUCCACCCCAGAGGGAUCGCGUCCUGGCGAGGGGUCCCGGGAUACCCAGCCCCCACCCUCCACCCCAGAGGGGCCGCGUCCUGGUGAGGGGUCCCGGGAUACCCAGUCCCCACCCUCCACCCCAGAGGGGCCGCGUCCUGGCAAGGGGUCCCGGGAUACCCAGCCCCCAUCCUCCACCCCAGACGGGCCGCGUCCUGGUGAGGGGUCCCGGGAUACCCAGUCCCCACCCUCCACCCCAGAGGGGCCGCGUCCUGGUGAGGGGUCCCGGGAUACCCAGUCCCCACCCUCCACCCCAGACGGGCCGCGUCCUGGUGAGGGGUCCUGGGAUACCCAGCCCCCACCCUCCACCCCAGAGGGGCCGCGUCCUGGUGAGGGGUCCCGGGAUACCCAGCCCCUGCGCCAGGGCCAGCUCCAGGGGGUUUGCUGCCCCAAGUAGC